CCCUCUCUUUCUUUUGUUAUUUUCAUGGCGGGGCUGAGAAUUUGUGUAUUCAGAGCUCUUCUUUCUUGGCUUUCAUGUUGUUCUAUUCUACUUGUUUAUGGACAAAUUACACAUCCUUUGGAAGUGAGUGCUUUAAAAGCGGUCCGUCGUCAACUCAUCGAUCCAUUUGGCAGACUUAAGAACUGGAAAAACAAAGAUCCAUGUAAUUCAUAUUGGACAGGGCUAAUCUGCACCAACACUACCAUGUCUCAGGAAGAUGGUUAUUACCAUGUCCAAGAAUUGCGGUUGCUGAAUAUGAAUUUGUCUGGAACCUUAGCCCCCGAGCUUGGCCAGUUCAAGAACAUGACUAUAUUGAACUUUAUGUGGAAUAAUAUAAGUGGCAGCAUACCAAAGGAGAUAGGAGAUAUGACUUCUUUGAAACUUUUGCUAUUGAGUGGAAAUGAAAUAUCAGGUCCUUUACCAGAUGAGCUGGGUAAUCUCAGUAAGUUAACAAAAUUUCAACUGGACAUAAAUCAUAUAUCAGGACCGAUUCCUAAAUCAUUCGCAUAUAUGCCAAAUGUACAGCACUUUCACAUGAACAACAAUUCAAUCAGCGGUCAGAUACCUCCAGAACUCUCUAAAUUACCUUUUCUGGUGCAUUUCCUGUUGGAUAACAACAACCUAUCAGGGUAUCUUCCUCCAGAGUUUUCAAAGAUGAAAAGUUUGAAGAUCUUGCAAGUCAACAACAACAACUUUAGUGGGACUGAAAUUCCAGAUUCUUAUGCAAAUAUGUCCCAAUUGUUGAAACUGACUCUUAGGAACUGCAACUUGCAAGGAAAAAUUCCUGAUUUCAGUGGUGCACCUGGACUCUUUUACUUAGAUCUUAGCUCAAAUCAACUCAGUGGAAGUAUACCAACAAACAAGCUUUCCGAUAAUAUCACCACUAUUGAUUUGUCCAAGAAUAUGCUUGAUGGACCAAUCCCUGAAAGUUUUUCAGGCCUUCCUAAACUCCAGAGAUUGUCACUUGAGAAUAAUUCAUUAAAUGGUACCAUUCCCUCUACUUUCUGGCAGAAUAUUUUGUUCCGUCCAGAAACCAAACUCACCUUGAAUCUUCAAAAUAACUUGCUUUCAAAUAUAUCAGGCAGCCUGUAUCCUCCUCCAAAUGUCACCAUCAUGAUUCAAGGUAAUCCCCUUUGUACAAGAGCAAAUGAACUAGACAUAGUUCGAUUCUGUGGACAAGAAGAAAAAGAACUUGAGGAGCCUCCAGGAAACUCUAGUAGUCCCCUUGAUGGCUGCAGACCUCAAUCGUGUCCAAAAAAGUUUUAUGAGUAUGUUCCAGGAUCUCCAACUCCUUGCUUUUGUGCUGCACCAAUGGGAGUUGGGAUACGAUUGAGAAGUCCUAGCAUAUCGGAUUUUCGACCAUAUAUUGAUCUAUUUAAGAAAUACCUAGCUGAUAAGCUUUUGGUGGAUCCUUAUCAACUUGAUAUAGGUUCAUUCAUAUGGCAAGAAGGUCCUAGGCUACAGAUGCUUCUAAAAGUUUUCCCUCAGUAUAGCAAUACUUCUAAUGAGUUGAAUAUAAGUGAGCUUCAACGUGUUAUGAACCAGUUUGCUACAUUUGCAUUUCCUUCAAGUGAUAUCUUUGGCCCGUAUGAUCUCCUAGGUUUUACUCUCCUUGGACCUUAUAAAGAUGUUAUCAUUGUCACACAGUCAAAAUCAGGUAUGAGAAAAGGACUUGUGGUCGGAAUUGUUUUAGGAGCGAUAUCUUGUGGAAUGACUGUACUUGGGGCAAUUGCAUAUGUUAUUUCUAGAAAUAAUGAAGAUACAGUUGUGAAAAAACAAUAUACUCAAAAAGCUCUUAGCCAUUUUGAUGGUGUAAAAGGAUUCAGUUACGCUGAACUUGAAAUUGCCACAGAAAACUUCAACAUAACUUCUCAAGUUGGGCAAGGAGGGUAUGGAAAAGUUUAUAAAGGCAUUUUGGCAGAUGGUACAGUCGUGGCAGUCAAACGAGCUCAACAAGGAUCCUUACAGGGUGAGAGAGAAUUUUUCACAGAAAUAGAAUUGCUCUCCCGAGUACAUCAUCGAAAUUUGGUUUCAUUGGUUGGCUUUUGUGAAGAAGAGGAGGAGCAGAUGUUAGUAUAUGAGUUUAUGGCCAAUGGCUCUCUUUACAGUCUUCUCUCUGCUAGGUUCCGAAGUUCUCUUACUUUUGCUAAGAGAAUGCAAAUUGCAUUGGACUCUGCAAAGGGAAUUCUUUAUCUUCAUUCUGAAGCAGAUCCACCAAUAAUCCACCGUGACAUAAAAUCAAACAACAUAUUGUUGGAUUCCAAAUUUACUGCAAAAGUUUCUGACUUUGGAAUCUCAAAGCUUGCACCGGUGCUCGAUGGCAAAGGGGAGACAAGUGGUCAUGUAUCCACAGUUGUGAAGGGCACACCCGGUUACCUUGAUCCUGAUUACUUCUUAACUCACAAAUUAACCGAGAAGAGUGAUGUGUACAGCAUUGGAAUUGUAUUUCUUGAACUUUUAACAGGGAUGCCGCCCAUUUCUCAUGGUAGAAACAUUGUUCGAGAGGUGAACUCAGCAUGUCAAUCCGGGAAUAUGACAUCCAUGAUAGACAGGGACAUGGGUUCUUACAAUUUUGAGUGUGUGAAGAAAUUCAUGCAGUUAGCUCUCAAGUGUUGUGAAGAGGAAGCAAAGGGGAGACCAACAAUGUUGGAGGUUGUUCGAGAGUUGGAGAACUUAUGCUCCAUUCUUUCGCAAUCUGAGACCAACCAUUCGGACUUGAAUGCCUCCUCUUCAUCAGCAUUAGCUGGAUUUGGACCAACAUCAUCACUCUAUUAUGACAAGAAUAUGUACGUGUCAACUGAUUAUGCUGGAAGUAACCUUGUGAGUGGUGUUUUCCCAGACAUCAGGCCUCGCUAACUAGCCAUGAAAUAAGUUGCUCUUCAGUAAAGAAACAUCUAUAUUCAAGUCCUACUUUCUUUCUUUCUUCUUCCUUUUUUUCUUUAUGUCCUGUACACUAUUUAGUGAAUUUUUCAUUGUUUAUGUAGUUAAGUGGGACCACUGGGGAGAUACAUAAACUUGAGCAUUUUAGUUCUCUAUAUAAUUCUUGAUUUAAAGAGGUAUCGAUAUUGCUUGUCUAAUUAAAAAGAACGGUCAUCCUAACUA